CUUACAAGGGGAACCCACAACACAGAGCCAAGGAACAAAGCCAGUGAUACAUCUGACAAGAGAAGAACUUUAGGAUGCUGCUUUUCCCUCUGCUGGGGGCUCUAGCCCUGUCAGUUUAUGGAAAAACUCUAAUAGAUCCCAGCACUGAACAGGAGGCCAUGGAAUAUUUCAAGCAAUUUGGAUAUUUACAGAAACCCCUUGAAAGUGACAGUGAAGAUUUUAGCACAGAAGAGGUGCACAGAGCUAUAGACGCUUUCCAACUUGCUUCUCAGCUGCCUGAAACAGGGCUACUGGACAAUGCCACUCUGGAGAGGAUGAAGCAACCACGAUGUGGGUUAGAAGACCCAUUUAACCAAGUUACCCUCCGGUAUCUUCUUUUAGGCCGAUGGAGGAAGAAGAAACUGACUUAUCGCAUACACAAUUACACACCAGACAUGACAAAAGCUGAAGUGAGGGAGGCCAUUGAAGCUGCUUUUAAAUACUGGAGUGAUGUUACACCAUUGAAGUUCAGGGAGAUCGACUAUGGAAGAGCAGACAUACGGAUAUCUUUCCAUGAGCGUGGUGUUGGCUGUUCACGACCAUUUGAUGGUCCUGGGAAGGUGCUGGCACAUGCUGAUAUUCCUGAAUUGGGUACGGUGCAUUUUGAUGAGGAUGAGUACUGGACUGAGGGAACCUACCUUGGCGUCAACCUGCGAAUCAUUGCAGCACAUGAGCUGGGGCAUGCCUUGGGUCUGGGGCACUCUCGCUUUUCCAAUGCCCUGAUGGCUCCUGUCUAUGGUGGAUAUAAGGCCAAUUUCCGUCUCCAUGAUGACGAUGUGAAGGGAAUGCAAGCUUUGUAUGGUAAAAAUGAUAAAUAUCAAGAGAAAGAGCCAGCCACAACAGCAGAACCGGCUGUUCCAACCCCCACAAGCACAGUGCCUGAUCCAUGCCAUGAUAACCUUGAUGCCAUAAUAUUAGGACCUUAUGGGAAAACCUAUGCUUUUAAAGGAGAUUAUGUGUGGACAAUCACAGACUAUGGCAUUGGUCCUCUCACCAGAAUCCAGUCAAUGUGGAAAGGACUUCCAGGAAAUCUGGAUGCCGCUGUGCAUUCCAAACGUACCAAACGGACAUAUUUCUUCAAAGGUGACAAAUUUUGGAGAUACACAGAUUUUAAACUGAACUAUGGAUACCCUAAACUGUUAACCAGAGUUCCCGCAAAAAUUGACGCAGCCUUAUACUGGGAAGGAAACCAGAAGAUAUUCCUGUUUAAGGAUGACAAUUACUGGCAAUGGGACGAGCUGGCCUGGAGUACCUUAGAACCCAAGAAAAUCUCCAGUCUCUUUACUGGUGUUCCUGGAAAACUGGAUGCAGCUCUUACCUGGAAGAAUGGCAAGAUCUAUUUCUUUAAAGGAGACAAGUAUUGGCGGGUAAACAAACAGCUGCGUGUGGAUCGUGGAUACCCACUGAGCAAGGCGGAACGCUGGAUGCAGUGCAUCCAUCUAGACUGAUGACUCUGUUAAACAUUUAUCCUACUAGAGCACAUCUAUGCUUCUAAUAGACUGAAGACUUUCUUUGUAGACUGACCACUGCUGUGUUCUGGUGUGCUUACCAGUAAGGAACACUAUUCAGCAGCACUACUCUUAUUUAUUGCUAGGAUCUUUGAAAGGAUGCAGAAAACCU